AUGAACAUAACCUUGGAAGUUAAGAAAAAUGUCAUAUCACUGCAGAAGACCACAAAUACACCUUUUAAUAAUCAGAUAUUAUGUAAAGUUUAUGGGAUAAAUACUAAAAGUGAACAGCUCUGUGCUUUUUGUUACUGUGGUGAAAAAAGUUCCUUAGGACAAGGAGACUUAAGACAAUUCAGAGUUUCGCCUGGAUUUAUCUUGCCAUGGAAAAACCAACCUUCUAACAAGAAGGACAUUGAUGACAACAGCAGUGCAUCCUGUGAGAAAAUACAAAACUCAGCACCACGAAAACAAAGAGGACAGAGAAAAGAACGAUCUCCUCAGCAGAAUAUAAUAUGUGUAAGUGUAAGCACCCAAACUGCUUCAGACGAUCAGGCUGGUAAAUUAUGGGAUGAACUCAGUCUGGUUGGCCUUCCAGAUGCCAUUGAUGUCCAGGCCUUAUUUGAUUCUACAGGCACUUGCUGGGCUCAUCACCGUUGUGUGGAGUGGUCGCUGGGAAUAUGCCAGAUGGAAGAACCAUUAUUGGUAAAUGUGGACAAAGCUGUUGUCUCAGGGAGCACAGAACUUUAUUUCCUCAACUCGGGAAAUUGUCUGGGAUUUGCUCAGUUGCCCCUGCUUAUAAAUGGCCUGGAAAUGCUCUCAAGCGAUGUGCAUUUUGUAAGCACCUUGGAGCCACUAUCAAAUGCUGUGAAGAGAAAUGUACCCAGAUGUACCAUUACCCAUGUGCUGCUGGAGCUGGCACCUUUCAGGACUUCAGUCACUUCUUCCUUCUUUGUCCAGAACACAUUGACCAAGCUCCUGAAAGAUAUGGUAAAAGAACUAUUGCUAAAAAGUGCCAUUUCUUUUAAUCCUUCACAUUUAGGAAUUGAUGGUGUCCAUAAUUACAUGAAGUUUAAUGCAAUUGCCAAUGAUAUAGAUGAAUAUAGAAUUACAAAGGAAGAUGCAAACUGUGCAGUGUGCGACAGCCCGGGAGACCUCUUAGAUCAGUUCUUUUGUACCACUUGUGGUCAGCACUAUCAUGGAAUGUGCCUGGAUAUAGCGGUUACUCCAUUAAAGCGUGCAGGUUGGCAAUGUCCUGAGUGCAAAGUGUGCCAGAACUGCAAACAAUCGGGAGAAGAUAGCAAGAUGCUAGUGUGUGAUACUUGUGACAAAGGGUAUCAUACUUUUUGUCUUCAACCAGUUAUGAAAUCCGUACCAACAAAUGGCUGGAAAUGCAAAAAUUGCAGAAUAUGUGUAGAGUGUGGCACAAGAUCUAGUUCUCAGUGGCACCACAAUUGCCUAGUGUGUGACAGUUGUUAUCAACAACAGGAUAACUUAUGUCCUUUUUGUGGGAAGUGCUACCAUCCAGAAUUUCAGGAAGACAUGCUUCAUUGUAAUAUGUGUAAAAGGUGGGUUCACUUAGAAUGUGAUAAACCAGUGGAUCAUGAGCUAGAUUCUCAGCUGAAAGAAGAGUAUAUCUGCAUGUAUUGUAAACACUUAACAGCAGAGAUGGAUUCGAUACAGCCAAGUGAUGAAAUGGACAUGACUGGAGUCAGUACAGAUUAUCACAAUGAAAUGGAAGUUGAAGGACCUGAAAACCAUAGAAUAUUUCUGGAGCAAGCAGUUAGUAAAGAUGUCAAAGGUCAAGAGUUCACACCUGGAAUUGUUCCAGAUGUUGAAGUCCACAUUGAAGAGCAGCAGAAAGCACCAGAAAGUCUUGCCACAGAUUGUCUUCUCAUUUCUGGUAAGCUGUAUGCUCAUAUUGUCUAA